AUGAAGGCCCGGAUCGUGGCCCCAGUCUACAACCUCCACGGCGCCGUCACUCACACCCGCGAGCUCGAUCCUUUUCUCUUCGGGUUCUACCCCGAAACAGGAGUCUUGGCGGACGCCCGGGACUACUGGCUCUCUCGCUGUCGAAACUACUCCAGUAUGUGGGACUACGACCGACGGGAGAUCUGGCGGCGGGCGCGGAAGAAUUGGCCGAACACCGGCCUCGGCAUGCCCCGCGUGAGCGACCGCAAGCACCACGACUACAACUGGGGGGGGCAGACGCUGCCGGUGAAGCCGUGGAAUAUGAGGAUGCCGGUGAUGGACACGCAUACCUGGAGCCGGGCCUGCCGAAUGGCAGCAACGUUGAAGAUGCUCCAGGGGAAGCUUCAGAUCGUCGAGCGACUGACCCUCAUCAAAGAAAGGGACGACGCAGGGGAAACGGGAAGGCAGGGAGGGGAUGCAAAAAACUCGGAUAACACGGAGGAAAAGGAUCCGACGCAGGAAGCCUACUUACGCCUAUGUCGACGGAUGAGGUGGGAUGUUCGGCAUAACGGCGGCGGGGUGCUUUUUAUGGACGGGGGAUCGCGGCUGACACCGAGCCUUGAGUUUGACCGCGCGUUUUUCUUCGGGAGCUUUUUUAACGGGCGAAACAAAGUCGUCCGGCCGACUUUUUUGUGCGAUGACUCCUACGAUUAUAACUGGACUGCGUCAAAGCAGCGGUUUAAGGGCCCAAAAGGACCAAAAAAUCCGAUCCCGAUCAAUCGGUUUAACGUCUACGAUGCGCUCGCCCAUCACCUACUGGUGAUCACGGAGGGUGCCCUUAUGCAGCUCGAGGAAGAGAUGUUUGCGCAUAAAUUGAUGAUGCUUCCCCCACAUAUUCGCCAGCAGCUCCCGGAGCAGGGAAGCUUUUUUGAAACUGAGGUACUUGGGGAUUGUUUACCGAAAUUAAAAACGAUCGAGAUGGAGGCAGCGGCGCGCACGGAAGAGGUGGAGCAAGAAAUGUACAACGGCUAUUACGAUAACCCGUACGAGCCAUGGAAGGAUGAGCACGAGGCGUCAUACGCGGUAGACGGCGUGGAGGGGGUUGUAGAGCGUUAUGUGAAGUCGAAAAAGGCUUCCUGGGGGAUGUUGAGUUGA